AUGUCCGAGUCAUUGGAUCCUCAGAGUCAGCACGAUGACCCCGAAGCCCUCACCCGCGAAAAGACCUCGGAGAUUCCUUUCGUCAUGGUGGUGGCCAUGGCCCAAUUCAUGACCCAGGUUGGUCUCUGCAUGUCAAUUGCCCCGGUCUAUCGCAUCGCCCACAGCUUCAAUACCUCCAACUUGGGGGAGCUUAGCUGGUUCGCGGCCGCAUACAGCUUGACUGUGGGCACUUUCAUUCUCGUCGCAGGUCGAUUUGGCGAUGUCUAUGGUCACAAGCUCAUGUUCAUUAUCGGGUUUGCCUGGUUCGGGCUGUGGUCACUCCUGGCUGGGUUCAGUGUUUGGUCCGGUCAAACCUUUUUCGACUGCUGCCGGGCCCUUCAGGGCAUUGGUCCGGCCAUACUCUUGCCCAAUGCGCUGGCCAUCUUGGGUCGAACUUAUCCUCCUGGUCCACGAAAGGGGAUGGUGUUUUGCUUCUUCGGAGCAACCGCACCAAACGGGUUUAUUGUUGGGGGUGUCUUCUCGUCCCUGCUAGCCCAGAAGGUCUGGUGGCCCUGGGCCUACUGGAUCAUGGCGAUUGUGUGCUUUCUUUUGGCUUUCCUUGGUAUCAUGAUCAUUCCGCAAGAGUCACGGCCCAAGUUCACCGAUGAUCUUUCACCCUGGAUCCGACUAGACCUCUUGGGCGCGGCUACCGGCAUCUCAGCCCUAGUGCUGAUUAACUUCGCCUGGAAUCAAGCGGCUCUGGUCGGUUGGCCAACGCCAUACACCUAUGUUCUACUCAUCGUUGGCUUCAUCCUACUCGCCAUCUUUGGUCUCAUCGAACGCACCGCGAAAUGCCCCCUCCUACCCCGGUCCAUCUUCACAGGCGACCUAGCCUGGGUGUUAGGCUGCAUAGCCGCAGGCUGGUCCAGUUUCGGCAUCGUUAUCUACUACUUCUUUCAAUUCAUGGAAGUUAUCAAGGGCGAUAGUCCUCUGCUCGCCACGACGAAAUGGGUGGCCGCAGGGCCAUCCGGUGCCAUCGCAGCCCUGGUUACCGGUUUCUUACUCGGUCGUACUCCUCCAAGCGUCAUCAUGUUCUGUGCCAUGCUUGCUUUCACAGCAGGUUUAACUAUCUUCGCCACGGUCCCGGUUCAUCAGACCUUUUGGGCGCAGGCUUUCGUCACAUCGUUGAUCACUUCUUGGGGGAUGGACAUGUCUUUCCCGUCCGGGACUCUUAUUCUCAGUAACGCCAUGCCUCGCGAGCAUCAAGGUCUGGCCGGUUCACUCGUCAGCACUACCGUCAACUACUCUAUUUCACUUGGACUGGGAUUUGCCGGGACCGUGGAGUCUAAUGUUAAUAAUGGGGGUCGUGUUGUACUCUGA